GGCAACAUUUUUAAUAAAGAAAUGGAAUCAAGCGCAAAGUACAGGUUUCGAAUUCCCCCCCAAAAAAUGGUAUUAGAGUGAACUUUCCCUUUAUUCUGUCAAUGGUGGCCUCAAUAUACGUAUAGGCACAACGGCAGAGGAAACCUCACUAGUUGCCGUCAAGCUUCUUGGCGCAGCUGCCCUUGAGUAUGAAAGCAGCCUGUUGCACCCGCAGUUCGGUACGACUCGGCGUCAGUCGUAAAACAGACAGUGUGCCUCGCGUCAGAAAGUCGGGACUCUGUUAUCUGAAAAAUACACCUACAAUAGUCCCCGUUGAGUGUAGCAAUAGUCUACUCGAACGAUUCAACCCGCUUAGUUCACCAAUUUGUGUAGUGUCAGUUUCAUCAUGGAGAAUCACCAUCUGGGAUUGCUGAGUGGCUUAGUACAUUUGAAUGCCGCUAUUUACAUUGUGAUGAUCGUUUUCAACGCACUAGGUGGCAUAGGAUAUGAAGGUGUUUUCAGCCAGAACACGGCACAAGUAUCCGAAAAGUAUACAGUUUACAUAACACCUGCGGGAUUUACCUUCUCAAUAUGGGCGGUGAUUUACAUAUUUCUCGGAGGCGCCGCCAUUUACUGUGUGUCGAGCGUCUAUAGAAAAAGUGGUUCAAACAGCAGAGUCUACGCUCAACCCAUUAUUCUCAAUUGGCUUUUUUACGUCGCUCUUACAACCAAUUACGGCCUAAACACGGCGUGGAUAUUUUUAUGGGACCAGGAAUUGAUCGUCGCCGCCUGCAUAUUCCUGUUGUUCAUUGCCUACACGGGAUGGAUAUCUUUCGCAGUCGCCUGCACGAGGGGGAAAAGUGCCAUGGAAAGGCAAAGAGACGGAUUGAUACAGACAGCUGUUUUCAAGGAAGUGCGACUACAAAGAAUCUUGAUCCACAAUGGCAUUGCUCUAUACACUACUUGGACAACGAUCGCUUCUCUUCUGAAUAUUAACAUCGCCUUCCAGUAUGUUGGUAAGUGCGAUGCAGAGACAACCAGCAUAGCUUGCACAUCUGUUCUUCUCAUCGUGCUAGUGGGAUGGUUCGCCCUUGAAAACACUUGGCUCGAUUCUUACGUUCGCUACACACUAACGCAAUACCCUGUGGUGAUAUUUGCUACAAGUGGAAUCCUGAGUAAACACUCCGAUCCAAAACGUCCAGAUGGACCUGUCCCCGAGAGUGUUCAAAUUUUGACAUGGAUCAUCCUCGGAGUUGCUUCGGUUCAAUUUAUUGCCCGACUGGCACUCGUCACUUACCGUUAUCGCACGCAUCCUUUAUUCAAAAUGAUUCCAGAGUCAUCAAUUGCCUCACAAGACGAAACCAGCACCCAUUCUAAACGUAGCAUGUAAAAAUGUAAUUUUUGUUCUUCCCUUUGGUCAAACUAGAAUUCCCCAAAAAGUUAACGGCAAUGUCUUUUCAUCCCAGUUAAAAAAUAUUUAAAUUAUAUUUUAAAGAAAUUGAUUCUUCUUUUUCGCAUUGGAACUACAUUCAUCGCAUUUACGUAACUGUAUUAAACCACUAUGGUAUUCCAAAGGUUGUUAUUAUCUUCUAAAUCAAAACAGAUUUUAUUACAAAAAUGGUAACAUGAAACUCUGUGUUACAAAGUGUUACCAAAUCUAUAAAUGUCAGCAGCCUACGCCCUAUAGUGUGUUUGAAAUGCCAGUUUGAAGAAAACACAAACGAUGUAAAAUUCAGCCAACUAAAAUUGUUCUUACGUCGAUUACAUUGACGUUCACUAGUUGUGGUCCUAUUUCAUUAUGUUCAAUAAAUUCAUAAAUGCGAGGGCUGUAAAAUA